AUGGCCCUGACGACUGUCAUUUUUGUCGUCCCGUUCCUCUUUAUCGUCCUUACCGCCAUCAAAGAUCGCGCCGAGUCCGCACGCCUGAAUUUUACCCUGCCGACCAGUUUUCCCAUCUGGGAAAAUUUCUGGACGGUGAUUUCGACACGCGACUUCAUGCUCGUCACGGCCUAUAUCAACUCGACCAUCCUGACGGUCGGAGCGGUCACGCUGCUGGUGAUUCUGGCGGCAAUGGUCGGCUACGUUCGCCAGCGUCGCAGGGCCUGGUGGAAUGGGCUGGUGGACUUUCUCGUCCUGGCGGGGCUGAUGAUACCUCCGGCCGUCGUACCCACCAUAUGGCUGUUGCAAGAAAUCAACUUGUUCGCGACCCUUCACGGCAUGAUCCUGAUCGAGGUGGCUUACAACCUCUCGUUCUGCAUAAUCUUGUACCGUGCCUUCAUCGCUACGAUCCCGCGUGAACUCGAUGAAGCAGCCAUCAUCGACGGCGCUCGGCCCAUGGAUGUCUUUUUCAGGGUCAUAUUGCCCCUGCUCAGGCCGGUAACCAUUACGGUGAUCGUCGUGCAGUCGGUUGCUAUCUUCAAUGAUUUCGUCAACCCGCUCUAUUACCUGCCAGGCAAUGACAACGUCACCGUGCAACUGACGCUCUACAAUUUCCAAAGCCAGUUCAACACGUCCUACAAUCUGUUGUUCAUGAACAUUCUGCUCGUCACAAUCCCACCGCUGAUCGUGUUCCUGUUCUUCAACCGUCAGAUCGUGGCGGGCAUGACCGCCGGCGCGGUCAAGGGCUAG